AUGGUAGAAUCACCAAAAGUUAGAAGAACAUCAUCAAGUCAAAGAUUAUAUAAUAAUAAUAUUAAAUGGGUUACUGUUAGACCAUCAACAGAUAAUAAUAAUAAUAAUAGUAGUCAAAAAAGAAGUAGUAAUAUAAAUAUUUUUACAGGUGAAAGCCACCAACCUGAAGAAUUUGAAAUUGAAAGCCAUGGAAGUAGUAGUAGUAUUGGUACAAGUUUAGAUGAAUAUAAUCAACAUUAUUUACAAGCACAACAACACCAACACCAACACCAACAACAUAAACAUAUAUUUGGGUCAUCAUUUGUUGAUUUAUCCGGUUUCACACCAAAUAGUUUUGAAUUCAAAUAUCCAUCAGUUGGAAAUUCUCCAAGUGUAACUGUUUCAUCAUCAUUAUCACUAUCAUCGUCAAUCAUGGGUACAAGUUCUGGUAAAAGUAAAUUAUCAUUGGACACUUGGAAACUUGCCAAUCCAGAUUCCACAAUUACAAUUAAAAAAAUAAAAACAAGUCCACGUGGAAGUAAAGAAGAUAUUUUUAAUGCUGAUUCCGAACAACAACCACAAUCAUCACCACAAUUACAAUUGCCAUUACAUCCACAACCACAACCACAAUCACAAUCACAUAUAACUAGUAAUGCUAAUGCACCACAAUCUUCAUUUAAUAAAGUACAACCACAAGGACAAGAACCACAAUCAGUUGUAAAUAGAACUAGAUCAAGACAAUUAUCUAAACCACCAGUUUUCAUUCAACAAUUUCAAAAUCAUCAUCAUCAACAACAACAACAACAACAACAACAUCAAUUAUCAACAUCUCAAUCAUCUGCAUCAUCAUUAAUUUCACAUACUCAAAGAAGAUUAUCAAGAGCAAAACAACAUCAAGUUGAAUUUAAUAAUAAUGGUAAUGGAAAUAGUAAUAAUGGUAAUGGUGAAAAAGUACAUUUACAACAUGCAUUGGUUUUAUAUAGUUUUGAUGCUGAUCUUGAAGAAGAAUUAAAUUUAAUUAAAGAUACUACAAUCAUUGUUGUUGAACAAUGUGCUGACGGUUGGUGGAAAGGUAGACAUUUAGAUUCCACCAAAGUUGCUACUUUCCCUGCAAAUUAUGUUAAAUUAAUACCAUCAUUAUUACCACAAAAUAAUAAUAAUACUACUACCACAUUACCAUCAUCGUCAUCAUCAACUAAUACUACUACUACCACCACUAAUAAUAAUAAUACACCAACAUCAAUUGAUCAACAAAUUCAAUUAUUAAAUAAAAAAAGAUCAGAAUCACUUUCAAAUGGUAAUAAUAAUAAUAAUAAUAAUAAUAAUAAUAAUAAUAAUAAUAAUAAUAAUAAUAGUUGUUUUAAAGAUGAUCCAAAUAUAUUUUUUCCAACAUUUAAUAAUAAUUUAAGUAGUAGUAAUAGUAGUAGAGUAAAUACUGAUAAUGGGUCAAUGUCAUUUAGUAAAUCAUCAAGAUCAAUUAGAAAGAAUAGUUUAUCAUCGUCAUUUAGUAGUAGUAGUAAUGCAUCAGCAUCGAUUUUAUUCCAAAUUAAAGUUUAUGUACCACCAUUUCAUGAACAUACAAUUAUAUUAAUAGCUGGUGGUGAUACAUUAAAAGAUUUAUUAGAGAAACUUGGUAGAAAAAAGAAAAUGUUAUUCAAUGAAUUUAAAUGUAAAUUAAGAUAUUACGAUUCAAAUAUUGAUUUACCAUUGGAUACUUUAAUUUCAUCUUUAAAAGAUUCCGAUAGAAAUCCAUUAAAAUUAUUCAUGUUAUCAUUUGACUAUAUUAAUAAAUUUAAUAAUAUAACUACAAAUAUCCAACUUUCAAAUUAUUUUAUAAUUUCAUAUAAUAAUAUUAAAAAUAAUAAUAAUAAUAAUAAUCAUAAUAAUAAUAGUAUUUUACAAAAACAAUGGGUUAUAUUUGAUAAUCAGUCAAUUCAAAUUUUUAAUAGUCAUACAGAUCAACAACCAAUUAGAAUUAUUGGAUUGAAAUAUAGUAGUGUGAAACACUCAAAUUCUUCUCCAAAUUGUUUUAUUGUUAAAACUCCAUUUAGUUUAUUUAAAUUCACUCAUGACUAUUUUAAUAUCGUUAAUCAAUGGAUUGAUACAAUUGAGCAAUCUAGGGAAUACCAAGAUGGUAAUCCAAAUUUAAAAAGAAAACAAAAGAAAUUAAUUAUUAAAUCAUCAGAUUCUUUAUCGAAUACAACUUCUUCAUUAUCUUUCUCUGGUCAUUUCCCACCACCAAUUGAUAGAAAACAACAAAUUCUUGAAAUUAGAAAUAAAGAAAUUAAUAGAGUUUGUGUUGACUGUUGUUCAAAAGAUCCUGAAUGGGCUUCAAUCUCAUUAGGUUGUUUCUUAUGUGAUACUUGUUGUGGUAUUCAUCAAAAAGUACUUCCAAAUUAUUCUGAAGUUUUAUCAGUAAUUUUAGAUGAUCAAUGGGAAGAUAUUCAUAUUAAUAUUUUUGAUAAAAUUGGUAAUAAUAUUUCAAAUCAAUAUUGGGAAUAUAAUUUAUUAUCAAAAAUUGUAAAACCAAAUAGUUUGGCAUAUGAAAAAGAAAAUUUUAUAGUUUCAAAAUAUAAGAAAAAAGAAUUUACUCCAUCAGUAAAUAUACCAUGUCCAAUUUCAAUUUUUAAUAAUGAAUUCUCUAAACAGUAA